AUGUCCGAAGCUAGCCUUACUGUCGAAGCAGUAGGCGCAGAACUUCGCGAGGCAGCUCGUUCGACCGUCGGUGAACCUGGUGGCGUCCAAGAACCCGGAAACUCAAUCGAUGGCCAACUUUCGGACUCCAAGAGCAACCCUGGAGGCGCGACUGAUCAACUGCAGUCACCCUUGAGCCAGCACCUCCAGACAAUGGCGAGCCCCGAAGCCAUGGCCGACCUCAAGACGCUUCGUGAGAUAAUCAACGCAGAUAUUCCCAAAGUCAACGUCCAAGAUAGCAUCACGAAGGUGUCACCCCUUCACAUUGCGGCUAAGCGUGGCCUUGUCAGUGCCAUCGGAGUCCUUCUCAAGGCUGGUGCCAGGCUUGCAGUCCAAGACCGCGAAGGCGCGACGCCUUUUUUUACGGCCACUGAGGCUGAGCAAGCAGAUGUUAUGGAAGAGCUGCUCAAGCCUCGAUUGGGGAUUGACGAUGUCGAGUCUCCACUGGAAAUACGCGACAAUUCUGGGCGGACGCCGCUCCUAUUGGCAAGCAUAAACGGCUUCUUGGAAGGUGCGAAGCUGUUGAUCGAUGCCGGUGCAAACCGAAACGCCCAGACCUUCGAGUCCAAAUCAACACCUCUGAUAGCAGCCAGCAGCUGGGGUUACGAGGAUGUCGUGGAGGCUCUUCUCGACCACGACAGCAGUAACCCCAGUCGCCGUGCAGACCUCAAUCUUCAAAAUGCGGACGGAGCUACUGCUUUACACGUAGCGAUCAUCGAAGGACGGCAUGAAAUUGCCGAGUUAUUGCUGAAUGUGGGGGUCGACGUGACAAUCAAAGAUAACAAUGGGCAGAGCACCUUACAUCUAGCGAGUCGACAAGGCCAUCAGAGUGUCGUCAACGGACUCUUGGGCAUGAAGGCUAAUGUAGAUAACUAUGAUAGAGAUGGUCGAACACCGCUUCAUAUCGCCAUCGACUCUCUACAGAAAGUUCAAAGCAAGCUGUCAUUAGGCCUGUUUCGCUGGGCUGGCUUAAAGGAAGAAGACUUGAGCGAAGCGAGGCCCCAAACUGCUCAAUAUAUCGCUAUAAUACAGCUUCUCCUCGCCCAUGGAGCUCGACCCGUAGCCCGAACCGCCGAGAAUGAGACAGCGCUGCAUUUCGCCAUAGCUUGUGGCGAGUUGUCCAUUCUCAAUGGUAUUAUCGGAGAGAUGAAGCCUGACGACUUCUUCAUACGCAAUCGAAAAGGACAAACUGCACUCUCCUCCCUUUUCCAACUCAAGGGACAAAAAAGAGCUGUCGCGAUGGAAACAUUUGCCAAGCUAUCUCCAAUGAAAAUUGCCAAGUUCGACACGGGAGACGAACUGGACAAUGCCCUUUAUUGGGCUGCAAACGAUUCUAUGUCACACGACGUCGUGCGACUAAUUUUGAAGUACAAAAACAUCCUGCGUGACCCUCCCCUUGCACGAGGCCACAAGCAGCUCUUGGAUUACAACAUACCGCAACCUAAGAUCGAGGUGUCCCUAAAGGGCGUACUGGGAGACUACGAAGCUCACAUCGUGCAAUUUAAUGAGGUCAAAGGCAUUCCCAGAACACUUCAAGCCAAGAGACCAAUCAGCGAGGUCAUCUACGAGGUCGGCCCAGCAGAGAUCAUGCAGACCGGGAUCACUAUGCAAAAGGCCAUGCUAACAGCCGUCGCCAAUUUGAAUGGAGAUUAUAUCGAGGUUGAACCUGCAUGCGACUUCACAUGGGUACAUUUACCAACCACGAAUGACCUUCUUACCAGGAUUUUGAAGGAUGAAGAAUGUUGUCCUCGCCAGUAUUACGAGGCGAAGUCGUUUUUCCAAGAUAGCUGGAUUGAGGUUCCAGAUGGAAAAUCUGAGUCGAGAAUUAUGAGACCGCGAACCGUAAUCAGACAGUCUACGAAGCAGGUGGACUGCAGGAGACAAGACCCAGGCGAAGGCAAUAACAAUCCAGAGGUAAACCUCACGAAAUUAGACCGGAGAAAGGCUUGCAGACAUCUAGAAGAGAUUGAAAUAGAAGACAGACAAGGGUGGAAGCCGAAAGAGCUUGGCGUCGAGUCGAAGGAGAAUGGUCGUGGAACCAGCAAUCCUGAUUUUGAUAUUUCAUCGGCAAUUUACAUGCCGUAUCUCUGCUUCUCAGUCAAUCUGGACAAGGGCCAAAAGAAGUUCCAAAAUUUGCUGGCAGCUUAUCCGAAGUCGAUUGUUCAUAGAUCGCCAACACUUGAUGAGUGGUACUACCAUUUUGCAGGUGACCAGGAGUCGGUAAAAGAUAGAGAUAAGCGCAACGAAAGCCAGGUUAUCACUCGCUAUUCAAAAGGGGGCAAGAGCUCAGGGCAAAACGAAAAGAAUGAGGAACACUCUGAGGGUUCGAGCCAGUCCGGUGAAAUUGAAUUAAUACGGGUCAAUCAGAUAUGGAUGUGGACCAUUGGAAACAAGUGGCUCAUCACUGCAAAUUCUUGCUUUUUUGGUGAAAGUGAUGGCGCACUAGUGCAGGAUGUGCUUGACCAGCUGAACAAACAAGCAGAAUAUGGAGGCCGCAAGUCUCAACCAGGGUCAGCAGUUGAGAUGAGCAGAUUGAUCGUUGAACACUGCAUCGGCUCAUACGAUAGGCGCCCCAAACUUGAAGGGCAGCUCGUUGACAGCAAGACAUUUCCCAUCAGUACUUUUCAUUCUGUCAAUCAGAAGGAUCCUUUGGCAGUAAAAGAACUAUCUAUCGGUCAAAUCUACUCCAAUCACAUGAACAAAGUGGCGUACACUCUAUCCAAUGAUAUCAAGGAUGUCCGUGACGAGUUGAACAUCCUCAAAUCGGUUGCGCAGUAUCAGGAAAUUGUUCAAACGAGAUUGGCCGCCAACCCAGUAAAGGAUGGAGAGCUUUCUGCAGCCUAUGUGGUGAAGAACAUCAAAGAACUGGAUAUCGUUGCAGACAGGAUACAAUCAGCGUUGAGCCAAUACGAAAAGUGA